AUGUCCAUCUCCACCGCUUCCCGCCGCGCCCUCAGCCGGAUCGGCGGCGCCCUCCGGCGGUCCUUGUCGUCGUCGUCGUCGUCGGUGCCGGACGCCUCGGGGUACCACGUGUCGGGCGGGCCGAGCUUCAUGCGCGCGGCCGUGUUCUGGGAGCCCGGCCGCCCGCUCACCAUGGAGGAGUUCCGCAUGCCGCGCCCCAAGGCCGGCGAGGUCCUCGUCAAGACCAAAGCUUGUGGAGUUUGCCACUCUGAUCUCCAUGUCAUGAAAGGCGAACUCCCUUUCGCCAGCCCUUGUGUCGUUGGCCAUGAGAUCACCGGGGAGGUUGUCGACCAUGGCGCGCACACGCCCGCUGAGAUCGUCAAUAGGUUUCCAGUUGGCAGUCAUGUUGUUGGAGCCUUCAUAAUGCCCUGUGGGAAUUGCUUUUACUGUGUGAAGGGCCAGGAAGACCUCUGUGAGUCUUUCUUUGCGUACAAUCGUGCUAAAGGAACACUAUAUGAUGGUGAAACCCGACUAUUUCUACGCAGCAACGGAAAACCAGUGUACAUGUACAGUAUGGGCGGGCUUGCGGAGUACUGUGUUGUGCCGGCCAAUGCAUUAGCAAUUCUUCCUAACUCGUUGCCGUACACAGAGUCAGCCAUUCUAGGAUGUGCUGUGUUCACCGCAUAUGGCGCUUUGAGGCAUGCUGCUGAAAUGCGUGCCGGUGAUUCAGUAGCAGUGAUUGGGGUUGGCGGGGUUGGAUCAAGCUGUUUACAGAUAGCAAGAGCCUUUGGAGCUUCCGAAGUCAUUGCGGUGGAUGUUCUCGAUGAGAAACUCCAGAAUGCAAAAACACUUGGAGCAACCCACACUGUAAACGCAGCUAAAGAAGACGCUGUUGAAAGGAUCAAGGAAAUCACUGGUGGGAGAGGUGUGGAUGUCGCUGUGGAGGCACUUGGCAAGGCAUUAACAUUUUCCCAGUGCACCCAAAGUGUACGAGAUGGAGGUAAAGCUGUUAUGAUCGGGCUUGCUGCAACAAACGUAGUAGGCGAGGUGGAUAUAACCCGUCUUGUUCGCCGACAGGUCAAAAUCAUUGGCUCGUAUGGUGCAAGAGCCAGGCAAGAUCUUCCUCAGAUAGUCAAGCUUGCUGAGAGCGGCGCCUUCAAUCUCGAGAACGCCAUAUCAAGGAAAUGCAAAUUCGAAGAGGCGAACGGCGCCUAUGAGGAUCUCAACCAGGGCAAGAUCGUUGGCCGAGCUGUAGUUGAAAUCAUGUAG